GGAUGCCAAACUGGGGAGGAGGGAAGAAGUGUGGUGUGUGCCAGAAGGCGGUGUACUUUGCUGAGGAGGUGCAAUGUGAAGGCAACAGCUUCCACAAGUCCUGCUUCUUGUGCAUGGUCUGUAAGAAGAACUUGGACAGCACAACAGUUGCUGUGCAUGGAGAGGAGAUCUACUGCAAGUCCUGCUACGGCAAGAAGUAUGGCCCCAAGGGCUACGGCUACGGGCAGGGAGCAGGGACCCUGAGCACUGACAAGGGGGAGUCUCUGGGCAUCAAAUAUGAAGAGGGCCAGCCCCACCGACCCACCAACCCUAAUGCAUCCAGAAUGGCCCAGAAGGUUGGAGGCUCUGAUGGGUGCCCUCGCUGUGGUCAAGCGGUGUAUGCGGCCGAGAAGGUGAUUGGAGCUGGAAAGUCCUGGCACAAGUCCUGCUUCCGCUGUGCCAAGUGUGGCAAAAGCCUGGAGUCCACGACCCUGGCAGACAAAGAUGGGGAGAUCUACUGCAAAGGUUGCUACGCCAAGAACUUUGGUCCCAAGGGCUUUGGCUUUGGGCAGGGUGCCGGGGCCCUGAUCCACUCGCAGUGAGGCAGCAGGGCAGGCUCUGCACCCGCUCAGGGCUCACCCAGACCCGCUGUGCUGCCCGAGCCCUCCUGCCCGCAGCGAGCACCUCAGCGCCAGCACCAGCCUCCUGCUGCUUCACAGCACCAGCCCCUCUCGCCCUGCC